AUGAUGGUAUAUCAAGUCACGGUGCACUCGUCAGCGGGCUAUUUCCCUUUCUUCCUCCUCACCGGUCGACACCCCAGAUUUCCGUCCGAUUCUUCACAUCCACCUCAUAGACCAGAUGGUUCUUCUCCAGAUAUGUACGCUUUUGAGUUGCAAGAAACUUCGCGCCUAGCAGACAACCUGGCUUGUUCACACCUUGAGACAUCAUACGCACGCCAGAAGAUCUACCUCGGCCAACAGGUCAACAACAACCCGCCCGCCCCUGAUGACGACGUUCUCCAUCGACGUCCCACGCCAACCAUGGGAUACCCUCCAAGUUCUCCGGCCAAUGGGAGAGGCCGUUCGUUGUCGUUCAAGUCAUUCCCCCUCAACUUAUAUGAUUAG